AUGGCCCCUCUCGCCUCUGGAAGGAAAACUAUCAAGAGAAAGCAGGUCGACGAAGAUGAAGAUGCUGUCCCACCCCAGCAAGAGUUGCGCUCUAACGGUGCAUUGGAAAUGUUGAGCGACGAAGAAGACGACGGGGACGCUUCCUCGGAUGAUGGCCAAGUUGACGAAUUUCCUGAGAUCAUUGACGAAAGCGACAGUGAAGAUAGCGACUAUGAUGAGGAAGAAGAAGAAGAAGACGAUGAGGAUGAAGAAGAUGAAAAUGAAGAAGAGGAUGAAGAAGAUGAAAAUGAAGUAGAUGAAAGCGAGACUGAUGCGGAUUCGGACGACUCCUUGCAUAUCUUUCCUAAGGCCAAAGUUGUCACAUCCAAAAUUACCAACCAGCCAAAAACCGUCUACCCCGAAAUUGAACCCGAAUAUGACUCUGAUUCAUCGACCGAGGAUACACCAAACCGCGUAGGCAAUGUGCCAAUGCAUUGGUAUGAUGAUAUGCCUCAUAUUGGUUAUGAUAUCAAUGGUAAAAAAGUGCUGCGUCCUGCUCGCGGAGACGAGUUGGACAAGUUCCUAGCCACCGUGGACGAUUCUUCUGCAUGGACUUCUGCAUUUGACAAAAAUACCCAAAGCGAAAAGCCUCUCACCUCCGAAGAACUCGACCUCAUCCGCCGUCUGUACGCCGGCGAAAACCCCGAUGCUUCUUAUGACCCGUAUGAACCCACGACGGAGUGGUUUACUGGGAAGGGAAAAGAAGAAAUCAUGCCUCUUUCCGGUGCUCUCCAACCUAAAAGACGUUGGGUGCCCAGUAAAUGGGAAAAACAAAAGGUUAUGAAAAUUGUGCGCGCAAUUCGUCAAGGACGUAUCCUGCCAUCCAAACCCAAAUCAACCGCAAAAUUCGAACCGUACGCUAUUUGGUCCGAACCCUCGUCAUCGCAUCCACCUCCUCUUCCAGCACCCAAGCCUCCUCUACCUACCAAUGCUGAAUCUUAUAACCCCCCUGAGGAAUAUCUGCCAACCGAAGAGGAACGUAAAGCAUGGGAGGCCCAGGAUCCCGAAGACCGCGAACGCAAUUUCCUCCCCCAAAAGUAUUCCUCUUUGCGGCUGGUUCCUGCAUACGAUCGCUUCGUUAAGGAAAGAUUCUUCCGACAACUUGACCUCUAUCUUGCACCUCGAGUUCAGCGGGUAAAACUCAAUAUUGACCCAAAUUCAUUAAUUCCCAAACUUCCCAGCCCGAAUAGCUUGAAACCAUUCCCGAAUUAUCGUAGUUUGCAGUUUUAUCAUUCGAACAGUCGUGCGAGAUGUGUUAGCGUCAGUCCUGAUGGUGCCUGGGUGGUCAGUGGUGAUGAAGGUGGCGUUGUGAGUCUCUGGGAGAUCAUUGUUGGCCGAGAAGUCAAGCGAUGGAAGUUCGAGGGCAAAAUUGGCUCUUUGGCAUGGUGCCCAAGAACUGACGUGAGCUAUUUCGCCGUCGGAAUUGAAGACACAAUUCAUUUUGUCAUACCGCCAAAUAUUGAUCCUGCUGUUUUGUCACUUACUCUCACUGUCCUGGCUCCUGCGACUCUUCCUCCUGCUCCCACCACUCCAUCACCUGUCAAAUGGCUGACACCUCCUUCUGCAUCACGGUCCGAAGACACUCCUAUUUUAACCAUCAACCUACCACCAUCAACCGGCCUGCCCACUCAUUUCUGUUGGCAUCGUAGGGGCGAUUACCUUGCCAGUGUUUCUACUGGGGGCCAGCAGGGAGGCGUAUGGAUUCAUCAAAUUACACGGAGGCACUCGCAGGCGCCUUUCAAAAAGAUUAAAGGGGCAGUCCAGUCGGUUUUGUUCCACCCCUUGAAACCUCACUUCUUUGUAGCUACCCAACAAUAUGUCAGAAUAUACAAUCUCUCCGAACAAAAGCUGGUCAAGACACUGAUGCCCGGUAUCAAAUGGAUAUCCUCGAUGGAUGUUCACCCAUCAGGGGAUCAUCUAAUUGUUGGUGGCUAUGACCGCAAGCUGUGUUGGUUUGACUUGGAACUCAGUGAGAAGCCCUACAAAGUUCUUCGAUACCAUUCCCGUGCGAUCCGCUCGCUCCAGUUCCACCCAACGUAUCCUCUCUUCGCGUCCUCCUCAGACGACGGAUCAAUCCAAAUCUUCCACUCUAGAGUGUACAAUGAUUUGAUGACCGAUCCCCUUAUCGUUCCUUUGAAAAUUUUGAGGGGGCACACAGUUACCGAUGGCCUCGGUGUUCUGCAGGUUAGAUGGUGCAGCAAACAGCCAUGGUUAGUGAGCAGUGCUGCUGACGGAAGUGUUGCGGUCUGGUGCAGCUAG